CUGCAGGCAAGAAGCUACUGACUCCUCAGACCACCACAUCUGCUUUUCGCCUCCCGGCCGCCCGCUGAUAGUCGUGAUGGCAUCUAUUCUUUAGAACGUACAUUCCUCCCGUCGUUGCUCCUUGCCAUCCUCUUCAUGGUCUCACCGUCGUGGGAUAAGCUGGACAGGCCCAACCUCAAGCAGGUCCCGUCGUGAUGGACCUGGAGCGAAUCAAGCAAAGCCUCCGCCUUCGUUCCGGUCGGUCCAAGAAAACUCGCAAGCCACCCACCGAGCAGUCAACCGCUGCUGCUCGCCCUAGCCAGCCACCUAGUCAGCCGGUCCAGAAGAGCAUUGCCAACGGUGCGGUGAAGGAUCCUCCCCGAGUGAUCACCAAACCCAGGGCGAGUCCUCCCACAAAGGUGCCUGUGGUUCGCAAGUCCCAGCCAAAACCAGAGAUUGCUGAAGUCCCAGCCCUGAAACAACGAGACAGCUCAGUUCAUCGACCCAAAUACUCGCAUGCAUCAACCGAAUUGGACCUGAAAGCAUCUAGGCCAGUUCCAAAACCUCGCAUAGAAUGUCCUCGCCCGGACCCGGAACAGAAAGAACCGGGCACCAACCCAUCCUCGCUGCUACGCACCAUGUCCGAGGCAGAUGCUGGAGUCAUCCUAAACUCUGAAUCCUCCUCUGGUCUGGAUUUCGACUUGCACCCGCCUCCUCCGCCGUCCAGGCCGAAGCCGCCUUCAGUCGAGUCACUUUCAGAAUUGCUCUUUUCUUCGGGUCAUCUCAACACUCUCCUCCGCGAUCCCCAGUACUUGGCCCGCUUCACUUCCUUUCUGACAAGGUAUCGACCGCAGUAUCACCCUGUUCUGCUGCGAUAUCUCGAAACACAGAAGGCCAUCAAGGCCAUUGAGUACGCGAAUGCUGUUGCUGAAGGAAUCUCUCCCUCUUCAGACGAUGGCGACGCUUCGAAUGCAAAGAUUUCUAUUGCAGCAAUCCUCGACCGGGCUUUUGAGGAACUAAGCAAUUCCUCCUUCCGCAUCAUGGUCGACUCUGCCCUCCCGAUGUACGUCACGUACAACCUGGUGAAAAUGGUAACCGAGUGUCUCAUAGACGAGAUUACGGGCAGUCGAACUUCUCCUACGAGGGAUUUGGUAGGUGGCUUGUCAGAAGUGUUUUGCCUCACCGAUCCGAAGCAGGAGGAUAAUCCAAUCAUUUUUGCCAGUGAAGAGUUUUACCGACAAACUGGAUACGGUCCUGACGACGUCAUUGGGCGAAACUGUCGAUUUCUACAAGGUUCAAAAACCAACAGAGAGUCGGUGGCGCGGCUGAGAGAGAGUAUUGCGAAGGGUGAAGAUAUAUGCGAGACUUUGUUAAAUUACCGGAGAGAUGGCAGAGCUUUCUUAAACCUACUGAUGAUAGCACCUCUCCACGACGAUAGAGGCAACGUCAAAUAUCACAUUGGCGCCCAGGUGGACGUCACAGGAAUGGUCGAACGAGGAAAGGGAUUCGAAGGGCUGAAACGAUACCUGACCACACGAGAGAUCGAAAGACGUGAGAGACAGGUCCACGGCAAUGGAAUCAGAGGAGACGAUCAGGGCCUCCAAAAACCGAAAGCACUGGCGAAAUUGCGCGAUCUAAGCGAGAUGUUCGAUCUGGAGGAAUCCAUCGUGGUGCGUUCAACUGGGAGGUCUACUUCGACAUCGAGGGACGAUGAUGAGGGCAGUGUUGCAAGCAGCCGUAAGGUUCCUCGACGAGUAUUCGACGAUGCUGAUGCGACUUCCGAUAACGGAGAGGAAGAGUCUGCCGAAGAUGAGGACAAAGCUUGGCAACUAGGUCAAUCGGGACGGUCUGGAUUGUCAGGAAAGCUGCCAGGCGUCUACGACAGCUACAUGCUCGUCAGACCAGCACCUUCCCUCCGGAUCGUCUUUGUAUCCUCCAUCCUACGCCGACGCGUGGGCAAUAUCGUCCAGCAUCCAUUCUUAUCACAUGUUGCUACUUCCGCAAAUACAUUGAAAGGGCUCAAAGAGAGCUUUGGCGUCGGUGUCCCCGUCUCCGCCAAGAUUAACCUGCUGCUGGAAGCUGGCGGUCGACAGGAUGGGACUGCAACCCGCAGUGGAAGCAAACUCCAAGAUGCUGGACAAGGCAGAGUUUGUUGGAUUUCUGCAACGCCACUGCUUGGAAGUGACGACAAAAUUGGUGUCUGGAUGGUUGUGAUUGUUGAGAAUGCGAAAGUACCCAAAAAGAGCAAACCUGAGAACUUGGCGAGCGCGGCUGAGGAUCAGGUGUUGAAACAGCCUAGAUCCGACGAAGUUACACAGAUCGCCACCUCUACCAAGACCAGGUCACCGAAACAAACUCGGUCUGCCUCAGUUGAUGCGUCGAAGAGCGGUACAGAAUCCGCAGGCGCUCCAAUUGAACCAAAACUCCCUGACGACACGCCUGACCAUAAUCAAACCGCUCCAUCAUCUUCGCCACCCGCUAUAGAGGACAAUAUGAAAGAGGGGAUGUUGAGACAAGAAGGCCAUCAGCAAGUUUCACUUGAGGACGAAACACUUGUAGAACCGGAAGAAGAAAAACCCGAUCUCAACCACACGAGCACUGAUCAGCCUGAACAUCUCCCUGAACUCCUCGAGGAUGAAAACGAUGAUUAUGUACGCACAAAUGGAGGGCUCUCCGAAUCGCCGAGCCCGCAGUACACCCACGGUCAACCCAAUGAUCAUGUUGAACCCAGGACGCCGACACCAACUGAUGUCAAUGAUGCCCUCGAACGCGCUUUGUCGGGAACGAAGAAGACGGGGUUCUGGGCAACGCCCGUUUCACCAGAAGACAGCAAUUUCACCAACGGGCUGAAUGGGCUCCAUAACUUUUCCGACGACGAGAAAACGCCCGUCAACCCUCGAAAUGCCGGGUUUGGAGAUUACACGCCUUCUCCCUCCAGGCCGGGCACCAGUGGUCUGGAUUCUUCGACCGGCAAGUCAAAUAGCAAGCACUACAUGGACUACCUGCGCCACCCUGGCAGUCGCCCGUCGUCUGAAUAUAAUCGUGGGUUGUCAGGAAGCUUCAUGUCCGCCAAGUACAAUGCAGAAGACGAUUCCCCAGAAGAAGUGGAUGACUUCAACGAUUCCGAAUGCGCGAGGUCACCGUACAGUGUGGAUUGACGUUGCGGUGUAAGUACGACGGAUGAAUUUACAGUCUUUGGUGGAUGAUUCCGUUUUCUGUACACAUAGAUGUUUUUUGGAAGCUGCUCCUAGAGAUUUGGUUUCUGGUUACGGCCUAAGAAAGGAUAUUUGGUUGCGUAUAAAAGUGAAUUGAUGCACCAGCACAUUUACAGCCUUG